AUGCUUUCAACAUCACUGUUCACACCGUUGUGCAAUCAAUCGUGUGGAUCGUGUCCAGAAAAUCGGUAUCAACUUUGUUCUUUAAGCACAAACACAUGCCAAUGUCCAGCGAAAACUUAUUCGAAUGGAAGCAUGUGUGCAUUACAAUUAUUUCAAAAUAUGACUUGCAAUCAAAUCGACGUUUGUCGAAUCGAUUUAAAUCUGAGUUAUGCUAUUGAUUGUUAUUGUGCGACAAGCACAACAUCCAAUGUGAUCACCGCUGUAGGAUCGUGUAAUGGAUCUUGCACAGAAGUUUUGAGUAAAAAUCUAACUACACUGCAUGUUCAAGCAGGAAUAUUUGUAUCCAGCAAUGGAACACUAUAUGUAGCCGAUGGUCUGCCAGUAAAUAAAAUUUUUGCGCUCGAGCCCAAUCAGCAAAUAGUCUGGUCGUCUAAUGCCACUAUUCCACCAAGUGGAAUCACGGGUAGUUGUGCUCUGAACAAAUUGUCUGGACCCAAUAAUUUUGCUUUUGAUUCUUUUGGUAAUAUAUAUAUUUCCAGUAGUUUGUGUCAUUUAGUAGCGCAAUGGGCUCUCAAUGCUACAAAUGGAACACUUGUGACCGGCUCACCGUUAGGAACAUUAGGUUCAACGAAUCUACUUUUAAACCAACCUUAUGGUCUCGCUCUCUAUGAAUCAUUGUCAAUAUUAUACGUAUCUAAUCGCAACAAUAAUCGUAUACAAAAGUUCAUUUUAGGCAAUUUGACAGGAGUCACAAUAGCUGGUGGCAAUGAUGCUGGCUCCACAUCUAAUCAACUUAAUCGUCCAACGACGAUUAUUCUGCCUCAUAACAACAGCGAAUUAUAUAUUUGUGACACUUCUAAUAAUCAAAUUCAAAAGUGGACAAUGGGUGCAUCAUCUAGCAUCACUAUAGCCGGAAGUGUCAGUGGUCUAGGAGAUAGUACAUUAUAUUUACUCAAUUUGCCUUAUGAUAUAUGGAUAGAUUUGGACGAAACUUACCUGCUUAUAUCAGAUUCUUCUAAUUGCCUUGCACAACGGUAUACGCUUCGCUAA